UGACUUGCACUUCACUUGACUUGCCUUCACUUCAGUGAUCAGUCAAGUAGUUCAGCGCGGCAUGUUUGGUUGUAUGUAAUUAUCGCCGCGAGUGGAAAAUACGAAACUAUUAUUUUAAGAUAGUAGAGCCUAGUAUAUUUAUUAAUCGCAACUAAGUGUUUUAGUUUUAGAAGAAAAUCUGUGAUAUCUGGUGUAAUUAUGAAAUUAUAAAAUUAUUCUUGAUAUUAAUAAAUUUGUUUUGGAGACAAAGUGAAAAAGAAUUUACACCAUGACUCUAACUAUGACAAGAAAAGUUAGUGAAUGCCAGGCAGAAACUGUCCAAUUUAUGCCUGUACAAAAACUUGAAGAUGACUGCAUACAAGAAAAAGAAUUCAAUGCCAGCAGCACAUUAUUGAGAAGAGGAAAAAAGCUAGAAGACAACAAUAACCUAACAAAAGAAGAUGUAGAGUACAUAAACUUUAGAAAACUUCUCAAAUAUGAAGAAGCACCAGAAUAUUUACAACAUAAUCCAUACAUAAAGGAUGGGUAUAGAAAAUUAUUGCCCACCAGAUUAUGUUGGGAGAGCAUAUUCUGGUGGACAAACGAAACAAUGAACAUAUGGACUCACAUAUUCGGUUUCUUCCUACUGCUGUUCCUCACCAUCAACGACCUGGUCAUCAUCAACAUCCACGCCACCGUCACCGACAAGACAGUCGCGGCGAUAUUGUUCUCCUGUUUUCUUGUGUGCAUGGCUCUCUCGGCGCUGUACCACACGUUCUCAUGUCGCUCGGAGCACGAUUACAACACGUUCCUCAUGUACGAUCUGUUCGGUAUCGCGCUCUCCCUGCUCGCGAUAUACACUUCCGGCGUGUACUACGCGUUCUGGUGCCAUCAUGAAUGGAAGACAUUCUACAUGAUCUCAGUGACGCUGAUCUUCGCCGUGGCGAUGGUGCUGCAGAUUCCUCGUCUUCAGGUGCCUUACCUUGUGAAGAUGUGUGUGUUCAUAGGCUGGGCGGCAUACGGCGUGCUGCCUACGCUGCACUGGACAUAUGUCAUGGGAGGCUUUGAUAAUCCUAUGGUGCAGAUAUUCUUCCCCCGGGUGAUAGGCAUGUACGUCAUCAGUGGGACAGCGUUCGCGAUAUACGCCUUCAAGGUACCAGAGCGCUGGUUUCCCGGGAAGGUGGACUAUAUCGGUCACUCGCACCAGUGGUGGCAUGUACUGGUCCUGGGUGCUCUCUACUACUGGCACAACUCGGCCAUGAUCUACGUGCAGUACCGCAUGAACCACGGCUGUGCUAACACCAUGAGGAUAUUCUAAUAAUCGUUUCGUUUGUUAAUAUAAUUAUUUUUUGCAUACAAUUAUUUUACAUAGAAACGCAACUACAGACAAAGUCUUCUAAUUCAAUACAGUAAUGCGAGGAUAUGAUCACAAAGGGGUGUAAAAGGGGAGCAAGUAGGAGCAUUCUUUAUUCAUUUAUUAAUAGACACGCGUUUUGCCGUUCCCAUAAUUGUCGUCUUACAUCAUAGGGUUGCAAUGCGCGGGCGAGGACUAAGUUAAGCCUCUAGGUGGAUUAUAUCGGUCACUGGCACCAGUGGUGGCAUGUACUGGUUCUGGGUGCUCUUUACUGACACAACUCGGCCAUGAUCUACGUGCAGUAUCGCAUGAACCACGACUGUUCUGACACCAUUAGAAUAUAUGUGUCCCAUUUCCUUCUGACGUUUUACCCCAGAUCUCUACGUAUACCUGCGUCGGCAAGGACUUAGUUUAGCGGUUUUCCUAUAAUUGCGUUUCUAUGUAUAAUAUUUCUUUAUGCUGUGUCGGACAUUGUGGUGGCAUGUACUGGUCUUGAGUGCUCUCUACUAAUAGCACAACUCGGCCAUGAUCUACGAUAUUUUAGAUUUCUAUAAUAUGAGGAUAUUUUAGAUAUAGUUUCUUUAGUUAAUCCUUACGUGCUUACAAGUUACAAAAUAGAAACGCAAUUAUAGACAAAAAUAUUCUUCGUCUGCGCAGUACAGUGUUGCGAGGAUAUGAUCACAGGUAGGUUUUUGAGCUUUUUUUUUUUUUACUUUAUUAAUGAAUUAUCAGGCUUUCGGUUUUUCUUCCGUACUUGUCCUAUAUACCUCUGCAUCUUUACCCUACGUGGACGAGGACUUAGUACAGCGGUUUUCCUAUAAUUGCGUUUCUAUGUGUAAUAUUUCUGUGUGCUGUAUUGGUCAAUGUGGUUGCAUGUAUUGGUCCUGGGUGCUCUUUCUGCUGGCACAACUUGGCUAUGCUCUACGUGUAAAACCAUGAAGAUGACCUAGAAAUUGUUUUGUUAGUUAAUUCUUACGUGCAUGUUAUACCUAUAUAAUGGAGUAUAAAGAUAGAGGGGUAUAAAACAGGUGCGACAUACUCACCAUUCUGUAAUGUAUAGGCCGCAUACGUUGCGAUAAUAACAGGGACAAUUUCUCAAGCAAAGUGGCUGUUACUUGGCACCGAAGUGUUUGCAAAUGUGUGGCCACCCUUAUUGUGUUACUGUAAGUAUUCGGUUAAUAGCAAUGUGUGCGGUUAUCACACAAAUAGAUGAAAAUGUGCCUGACUCCUUUCCUCUCUUCAUUAAGUUAGUUCUCAAAUUACAAGUCAUGUUUACAAGACCUGCUUGACAACGCUUUACUUUGCGUGAUUUCCAUGUUAAAUAGUUUUAUGUUUGGGGGUAUUUUAGGCAAUUUUGUACAUAGGUACAGCUCUCCCAGAUUAAUUGAAAAUUCUUUAAGGAAAAUGGAACUUUUUUGUAGGUAUUGUUUAUAAUCUUUGUACAGUGUUCGUGAAACGAAAUACGACGCUCUAAUAAAUACUGAAAAAUGUCAUAAUAUUGCGUUCAUUAAUGGACAAUUCACAAGAACAAUGUGUCAACGUUGAGGUGCUAGGUAAAGAAAUACAAUAAGAAACUUAGCUAACUUAUCCUAAUAACUAUACAAAUCAUGCCCAAGUGGAAUUUUUGCAUUUCCGCGUUGGUCAGAAAGCCUGAUCCUUUGCGCAUAAAAUUAGUCAGCCCUUUUGUCAUUAGUCGGGGCGGUGAAAUAUUUAAAAAAGAAACAUUUGCCCUGCGAUUCUAUGGCCUAAAGGUCUGCAACAAAUACUUAUUUAACACUAGAUCAGAUAUUGGGCAUCUGCUUGGGCACUGGCUUCUGCUUUUUCAACUACUUAUUAUCUGCAACUAGGUUUUAAUGGUUGUAAUCCUAGUUUUAAUACCUCGGGAUUUUAAAACCUGUUUGGGAGAGGUAUUCGUUUUAGAUAUAAUACUCUGAAAUCCUGGUCAAAACUAAUAAUAUACCUUACUAACAUUGCAGUCUACCAUUCAAGGCUAUCUAUAAAUUUCCUUUAUUAUGAUAUUACUGUUCUCUUUUGCAUUUAUUGUCUGUCUUUAUAUAAAUACCGAAUAGUUUAUUGUGUUUUAUCUGAUUGAGGAAUAUUCUCAAAAUAUACAGGCUGCUGGGUUCUCAAGGGAAAAUACAAUACAUUCAUACAUAUCGGAUAUUAGUAUAAUUUGUCUUCUUAUGGAACUCAUGCUUUGUUGUAAGGUGUACAUUUGUACAAAUAAGAUUGGAAAGUUGACAAACAGUGCGUUUGUGUGUAAAAGUCGAGAAAUGUUUUGUAACGAAACGAACCUUUAGUUCGCUUAGACACACAAACUAGCUAGGUCUAUCAUCUUACCCACAUGCAAAGUCAAAUGAACUUCUAGAAAUAGAUGGACUAUACGUAUCUUCUUAAAAUGGCUAGAUAUUAGUUUAGUUUGUCUACAUAGGAACGUCGUGCUUUAUUGUAAGGUGUUCAGAUAAGAUUGGAAAGUUAACAAAUAGUGUGUUGGUGUGUGUGAAGAAAUGUUUUUUUUACAAAACAUAGUUUUAUCUAUACACACAAACGCGCUUGGUUUGUCAUUUUAACCACAUCCAAAGCCUUCUACAUAGAUUGACAAUACAAAUAUUCUUAAAAUUGACACAAAUCUUUGUCAAAGUAAUAAUUAUUGUAAUUUACAUUUUAAAAAAUUCGUGUUUUAUUUUAGAGGAUUCUCUGUUGUAUGAUAAUUUUUUGUAUCAUUCAGAAGAGUAGCAUUGUUGAACGUACUAAUGUCAAAUGUUAGCUUUAAGUUUUUCAAAGCUCAAAAUAUCUAUUCAUUCAAAAUCAUAAAAAGCUUGAAAGUGACCAAAUGGCUCAAAUAGGUACAUGACCAUUAUUAUUAUGUUAAUUCUUAUGUUAAUAAAUAAAUAUUAUUAUGUCAAUUCUUGCUCAAUAUUUAAAUAACUAAUUAUAAUAUAAAAAAAUAUUAAUUGUUAAUUGUAUUUUUUUUGUCAAUUACAUUGUUGUCUGUAUUUAUGUAUGUGUAAAUACCACCCAUGUUUGUAAAUUAUCAUUUGUUGGCAUUAUUAUUUUGUUAUGAUUUUAAAUCAAAUUCUCGUUUUGGUGAUUUUUAUCCGACAAAUUGUAUUUAUAAGUGAUUUUUUUUUAUCCAUCUCAAGAGGAGGAAAAAUGAGAUUUAAGUAAUGAAACAUUAUUCCAUUAAUAUUUAAUUUUGCUGUUUCAUUCCAAAAUCUCGAAACUGUUUAGCGUUCAAUUCUAGAAAUAAGUAAAAUAUUAUUUUUAUGUCAUCCGUUUUCUACAUUAUUAAUUAAUUUGGAUAAUGUUAAUGGAUCUGAUAUUAUAGCAUUUAUUAAUAGUUAUUUUAUUGUCUGUGAUGUUUUUAUUUUAGAAGUGCUUGUUGUGUUUUUUUAUAUUUCUACUUUCUUACUUGGGAUAACAAUGGAAAUUACCAAUGAACAUAAAAUAAAAAAUAAAAACAUUUAAACUUGUA